AUGUCCAACAAAAACAAUGGCCAUCAAGAUAAUGAUGAUAAUGAUGGCGAUGUGGAAGGGAGAGAAGCUGACGAGCUAGCUCAAUCUGUUCAUUAUCUAUCUAUCUCAGUCUCUUCACUAUCUAGCUAUCCACUUCAUUUUGUGAUCUAUCUGUCUAUCUAUCUAUGUAUGAGUCUGCUCAUGUCUAUCUAUCUAUCUAUCUAUCUAUCUAUCUCAUCUGCUCAUGUCUAUCUAUCUAUCUAUCUAUCUAUCUAUCUAUCUAUCUAUCUAUCUAUCUCAGUCUCUUCACUAUCUAGCUAUCUACUUCAUUUUGUGAUCUAUCUGUCUAUCUAUCUAUGUAUGAGUCUGCUCAUGUCUAUCUAUCUAUCUAUCUAUCUAUCUAUCUAUCUAUCUCAUCUGCUCAUGUCUAUCUAUCUAUCUAUCUAUCUAUCUAUCUCAGUCUCUUCACUAUCUAGCUAUCUACUUCAUUUUGUGAUCUAUCUGUCUAUCUAUCUAUGUAAGAGUCUGCUCAUGUCUAUCUAUCUAUCUAUCUAUCUAUCUAUCUAUCUAUCUCAGUCUCUUCACUAUCUAGCUAUCUACUUCAUUUGUGAUCUAUCUGUCUAUCUAUCUAUGUAUGAGUCUGCUCAUGUCUAUCUAUCUAUCUAUCUAUCUAUCUAUCUCCCAGUCUCUUCACUAUCUAGCUAUCUACUUCAUUUUGUGAUCUAUCUGUCUAUCUAUCUAUGUAUGAGUCUGCUCAUGUCUAUCUAUCUAUCUAUCUAUCUAUCUAUCUAUCUAUCUCAGUCUCUUCACUAUCUAGCUAUCUACUUCAUUUUUGUGAUCUAUCUGUCUAUCUAUCUAUGUAUGAGUCUGCUCAUGUCUAUCUAUCUAUCUAUCUAUCUAUCUAUCUAUCUCAGUCUCUUCACUAUCUAG